AUGGCUGCGAAGCUGCGAGCGCAUCAGGUGGACGUGGACCCGGACUUCGCGCCGCAGAGCCGGCCGCGCUCGUGUACCUGGCCCCUGCCGCAGCCCGACUUGGUCGGCGACGAAGACCGAGCGCUGGGUUCAGGGGUGGCCGAGGGUGCCGAGGACUGUGGACUGGAGCGCCGGGCGACGGCCCCGGCGAUGGCCCCAGCGCCCCCGCUGGGAGCGGAGGUCGGACCCCUGCGGAAAGCCAAGAGCUCGCGGCGGAACGCGUGGGGGAACCUGUCCUACGCCGACCUCAUCACCAAAGCCAUCGAGAGCGCCCCGGACAAGCGGCUCACUCUCUCGCAGAUCUACGACUGGAUGGUCCGUUACGUGCCCUACUUCAAGGAUAAAGGCGACAGCAACAGCUCGGCCGGCUGGAAGAACUCCAUCCGGCACAACCUGUCGCUGCACACCCGUUUCAUCCGCGUUCAGAACGAAGGCACGGGCAAGAGCUCCUGGUGGAUGCUGAACCCCGAGGGCGGGAAGACCGGCAAGACGCCGCGGCGCAGAGCUGUGUCCAUGGACAACGGGGCCAAGUUCCUGCGCAUCAAGGGCAAGGCGAGCAAGAAGAAGCAACUGCAGGCACCCGAGCGAAGCCCCGACGACAGCCCCCCAGGGGCACCAGCUCCAGGGCCUGUGCCUGCCGCGGCCAAGUGGGCCACCAGCCCAGCCUCGCACGCCAGCGACGACUACGAGGCGUGGGCCGACUUCCGCGGCGGCGGGAGACCCCUGCUCGGGGAGGCGGCUGAACUGGAGGACGACGAGGCCCUGGAGGCUCUGGCGCCGUCGUCCCCGCUCAUGUACCCGAGUCCCGCGAGCGCACUGUCGCCCGCGCUAGGCGCGCGCUGCCCGGGGGAACUGCCGCGCCUGGCGGAGCUGGGAGGCCGCAUGGCUCACCCACCGAAAGCCAGCAACACCUUCCAGAAAACACAGUCACCGCUACAUAUUGGCUGUGCGCCCUACCCUGAACUCUCCCCCUCCAGCCCUCACCCCCCACUCUGA